AAUACGAGGGAGGAAGUAGAAGAAGAAGCCAUUAAUGGCGGAAGUGAGAGUUUCGGAUCUCCACUUGAAGAAGGAGCUGACGCAGAUUCGGAAAGCCGCGAGGGCUCUUCGCGAUCCAGGAACAACCUCCUCAUGGCGCUCUCCUCUCGCUUCUUCUUCUAGAUCUGUCGCAUUGCCGUCCAAAUCCGAAAACGACUUCGGCCUUAGGUCAUUUCCGGCGACGACGGCCGCCGGCGACAAGAACAAGCGAGUCUUCUUGUACAACUGGAAGAACCACAAGUCCGCCUCCAAAAACGGCGACGUUUCCGUGGCGGAGGACGAUGACGAGGAGGAGGAGGAGGAGGAGGAGGAGGAAGAAACGUCGUCGUUUGGCGGCGGCAGUUUGGACGACAGCUUGAGCGACGCGCGCAACGGGAUGAGGGGGAGGGACGCGAGCCUCGUCUCACUGGGGACGCCGUCGGUGAAAAGGAGCGGCGGUGGGAUCAAGAAAAGAGGUAAGAAAAUGGAUUCGCAUUUGGAAUUGGAUGUUUUGUCAAAGUAUCAGAAGGAAAUAAUUCUCUCUAGGAAGAACAAGUCUUUGAACUCUAGGAGAUUGGUUGAUAAUAGUCUAGGAUUAAUAGGCCAGGACGAUUCUGUUGAACAAUCUGAUGACACCGAUCAAGACUACUCGAAUUCCGAGGAUAUAAGGCGGGUUUCUAGGGCUUCCCCAUUGCUUUUGAAACUCAAGAAGCAGAAAAAUUGGUCGCACUCAUCAUCUAAGUUUUUUAGAAAUGGUAGUAGGAGAGACGACUCGUCUUAUACUUACAGUACCCCAGCAUUGUCGACUAGCUCUUAUAAUCGGUACGUGGGGAACAUUCGUAACCCGAGUACCGUUGGAUCGUGGGAUGGGACCACGACUUCGGUUAAUGAUGGGGACGAUGAGGUGGAUGAUGGUUUGGAUUUGCCGGGUCGACAAGGGUGUGGCAUUCCUUGUUAUUGGUCGAAGAGGACGCCGAAGCAUAGAAGCGUGUGUGGAGGAUGUUACUCGCCCUCGUUUUCGGAUACUUUGAGGAGGAAAGGGAGUAGCAUGCUGUGUGGAAGUCAAACUAUGUAUGCUAGACGCCGUAGAGCGUCAUUAAGCUCCAACAAACGGAGGAUUGCAUUGAGAAGUGCACAGGGUGUGCUUCCGUUGCUUAGUAAUACUAUCGAUGGUAGGGGAGGGUCGUCUAUAGGGACAGGGAGGAGUGAUGAUGAGCUCUCUACGAAUUUUGGGGAGCUUGAUUUGGAGGGUCUGAGCAGAUUGGACGGACGGAGGUGGUCGUCUAGCUGUCGGAGUCAGGAAGGGUUGGAGAUUGUUGCUCUUAGUGGGGAAGGAGAAGAGGAAGGGACACCGGGAAAUAGUAAGAGUUUUAGCCAGAAGUAUAAGCCCAUGUUCUUUGGUCAGUUGAUUGGGCAGGGUAUUGUGGUGCAGUCACUUAUGAAUACCAUUUCAAGAGGUCGAAUUGCGCCUGUUUAUCUCUUCCAGGGUCCCCGUGGGACGGGAAAAACAUCGGCAGCCAGGAUUUUUGCUUCUGCCUUGAACUGUUUGGCUCCUGACGACUCUAAACCAUGUGGCUACUGCAGAGAAUGCACUGAUUUCAUUGUUGAGAAGAAUAAGGAUCUCUUGGAAGUUGAUGGCACCAAUAAGAAAGGGAUUGAUAAUAUUAGGCACCUAUUGAAAAAUAUAUUAUCAGGGUCUUCACCAGCCUCCUCACGGUACAAGGUUCUUGUGAUUGAUGAGUGCCAUUUAUUGUCUUCAAAAACGUGGCUGGCCUUUCUUAAAUUUCUUGAAGAACCACCGCAAAGAGUUGUGUUUGUAUUUAUAACUACUGAUAUUGACAACGUGCCACGUACUAUACAGUCUCGUUGUCAGAGGUAUCUGUUCAACAAAAUCAAAGACAGUGACAUUGUGGCAAGGUUGAAGAAGAUUUCUGCUGAAGAAAACCUGGAUGUUGAACCGGAUGCACUGGAUUUGAUUGCUUUGAAUGCAGAUGGCUCACUUCGAGAUGCUGAAACCAUGUUAGAACAAUUGAGUUUAUUGGGGAAAAGAAUUUCGAAAUCGCUGGUGAACGAACUGGUUGGGGUUGUUUCUGAUGAGAAGUUGUUGGAACUUUUGGAGUUAGCAAUGUCAUCGGACACAGCAGAAACUGUUAAAAGAGCCAGAGAGUUGAUGGACUCUGGCCUUGAUCCAAUGGUGCUGAUGUCUCAACUUGCCAGCCUAAUAAUGGAUAUCAUUGCUGGAACUUACAAUAUCUUUGAUAUCAAAGGCAAUUCAUUAUUUGGUGGACGAAAUUUGACUGAAGCAGAAUUGGAGAGAUUAAAGCAUGCUUUGAAGCUUCUUUCAGAGGCUGAGAAACGACUCAGAGUUUCAAGUGAACGGUCAACAUGGUUCACGGCGACUCUUUUACAACUUGGUUCAGUGUCUUCUCCAGACCCUAAUCAUUCAGGUAGCAGUAGGAGACAGAGCUACAAGACAGAGGAUGGUCCGUCAAAUGCUUCAAGAGAAGCUACUGCGUAUAAGCAGAAGUCAGAUGUUCAAUAUCUCCCUCACAAAGCAACUUCUCCUGCCGGGCAAAAUGCAGUAAAUGGUAAUCUCAACUCCAGAGGAGAUUUAUUGUCCCAAAAUGAUGGUCUCAGUAUUAACUCCAAGCUCUCUCAUAUGGAUGUUGGUGUUUCAGCUGCCUCAUAUAAUGAUGUCAUGGUUGGAAAUAUGAUGAUUCGAUGUGUAAACUCGGAAAAAUUGGAUAGUCUCUGGGCACGGUGCAUUGAGAGAUGCCACUCAAAGACACUGAGACAGUUGCUUCAUGCUCAUGGACGGCUCGUUUCUAUUUCAGAAGUUGAAGGUGUUCUGAUUGCUUAUGUUGCAUUUGCUGAUGAAAAUAUUAAAUCUAGAGCUGAAAGAUUUUUGAGCAGUAUUACAAAUUCGAUUGAAACAGUUCUGAGAAGCAAUAUAGAGGUUAGAAUCAUCCACUUACCAGGUGGAGAGGUUGCUCUACAUGGUCCAAGUCCUAUGGGAAUUGAAACGGGGAGGAAGGCAGGUCGCCCUGAUCAUACUGGCGGUUAUUCUAAUUCCUAUUCAUUGCCAAAUGGGACCUACCAUUCUACAUCUGCGUCUUCAGAGUUACUGGCUGAAGGUGACACACAAACAAGUGAUAAAGGAGAGCAGAGGCAGGAGAUACCGAUGCAGAGAAUUGAGUCCAUUAUCCGCGAGCAAAGGUUAGAAACUGCCUGGCUACAAGCUGCAGAGAAAGGCACCCCUGGAUCAUUGAGUCGGCUGAAACCCGAGAAGAAUCAGGUACUGCCUCAAGAGGGCAGUGAAGAUCAGACAGAAUUAACGAAUUCAAUUGGGCUGUCCUCUCGGCAAUGGGAAGAUGAACUAAACCAUGAUCUCAAACAAUUGAAGGCUAACAAUGGUAGGGUCCUUCAAAAGGACCAGAUAGGUAGAAAGGUUGAUCGUUAUCCCAUGUCCCCGAGUUUAUUGCAUGAUACCAGCUUCAUGGGAACUUCUAUAAAAGACAACCUGAGCUAUGAAUCGGGGUCUGCGGCGGGAGGUUGCAGCAGAUUUUUCUGUUGGAAUAGCAGCAAACCCCACAGUAAGGGGAAGGUAAGAGGAACCCCCCGGCCGACCAAAGGUGGGCGGUUUUCAUUGUUUGGUGAAUGUGGGAAGCCAAAGAAAACUGAGAGCAGGUUUAAAAGAUAAACAGGAGAUUCUAGUUUGGAGCAUUGGAGAUACCAUUUUUUUUCUUCUUUUUUUUUUUUGGGAUGCAAAUUCUUGUUGUAUUUACUAUUUAUUUUCCACUUGAGCCAUUUUUCAGGGGAUGAGGGUGAGGGAGGGAAAAAUUGUAAAGGGGUGUGCGGUUGGGCUGCAAUCAUGUCUUCAGCUCCUUCCAUUUUUCUUGGGAUCAA